GGGCCGGGAAAGACACUCAUUGCAAGGUACUGUCAGGCUUGAUACCCGAUCUACUGCUGCUGCCCUCAACCCGCCAUCUUUGCCUGCCUAUCGAUCCACUAUCAGCAACCAAGGAUUCCUUUGAACUCAUCGUUGAAUAAUCCAUUGGAGGAUUGAAAGAUUUGGAAGGACUGAAUAUCCCUACUGUCAUGUCUCCCGAACCAAUUACGCCCGGCUCCAUCCCUCGGUCCGCCCAAGGCGAUGACCCAAUGGACGUCGACACCUAUCCACCCAAGCCCAAGGCGGCUGAGCGCAAAAUCCCUUACCGCCGCUCAUACGAAGAUAGCGUGAUGAAAGUCGUGCUCAACCCGCCCGUCAGCGAUGGUAUUGAAGUCAAGGAGCCACUGCCCGCAUACCUAGCCAGCCGCCCGGAAAUCACUGCGGACCAGUUGCCUCUCGCGUUGGACGACUCGCGGCGGAAAUUCAAGUCGGAAAUCCCUGGCAUCCGGCUCACGCACCACAAGGGGCUCUACGAGGGGGGCCCAGAACCCGCGUCCGAUGAAGACGACAAGUUUGCGCAGGACCUAAUCCGGAAGCAUGGCGUGAAGACGAAGGAAGACCUCGAGAGAGCCGUUACGCAGGAAAUGGAGGCUGCUAAAGAAGAGCUAAGGCAACGGAUGCAGAGGCGUAAAGAGGCGAUCGACGUGAACGAGGCGGUCGAAAAAGAGCUGAACACGCUGAAGAUGGACCGCGAGUUUGAGCUGAAUGCGCAGAAACGAAUCAUCGAGAAGGCUCGGGCGAAGAAGGAAGAGCGCAAAGCCAAGCGGACAAGGACUGGGCCAAUGCACGAGGUCCAUUGAUUUGUGCUGUGAGCUGAUCGUGUCUUACAUUGUGCUGACGUUCGCGUCGCGCAUAGACCAGUGCUGCAAGAGACGCGCCUCCCAUUGCUCGAGACGCGCAUCCCAACAGCUUCUUCUUCGAGAUGACGGCACCGGCCAUUGGCGACCUGACCAAUCCCGCCAUGGCAGCGGGUGCUGAUAUUCGGAAAUGCACGCUGCUGAGCAGCGGUGAGAACUCACCUGAGGGAGGGGAGAUUACUGAAGAGAAUCUUGCGACGAAGCUUAAUCGCGAUGGCUUUUCUAUCAGCGCGGGGAAGAGGAGCGGCAUGUUUGCUACAGGGCGCUAUCAGCCAAAUUAUGAGCAGAGAGGAAGGAGGUGAGGCAGAUCCAGCUUGAUACCCAUUCAU